AUGCAGCUGUACUUGAAGCCUAUUUUGUGCUUGUGCAAUGUUGUAGCACCCAGGAUAGGACCACCUUCGAGCAGAAACAAAAAUGAUUCCCAACAAACACUUUGACUAAUAAGACGGGUAUUCAUGGCAAGAAACAUGAACAGAGAAUCGAAUUUUUCUGUCCCUACUCGUUUGCUCGGUACACAGAGGAAUGGGGUGAAGCCGUAUUCCUGAAGCGCUAUAGUGAAGCUUGCUUGUUUUUGCGAUUUGUUUCCGGUAAUUCUUCAAAUUUCGAUACUGGUCA